UCCUUCUGUCUACCUCGGCGCACACUGUCUCUGUGCAAGCCACGUCGGAUCUUAAUAUUAAAAGUAGGCUACAGAAGGAAAUGAAUGCUAAUCAAGAGGCAUUCUCUACCCUUUUGGAGGGAUUGGCAUCCGCAAAUGCCGCAACAAGAGCCGACGCCGAUGCCAAGAUUACAUCACUCAAGAAUGAAAAUAUCAACACUGCGUUGGAGCUAACCCUUCAGGUUUUGCUAAAUGAUGCUAACGAAGAACGGAGGCUUCAAUCAGCUAUUCUUUUGCGGUUAUUGCUGGAUCUUUCCAAAUCGGGUGAUGCGCCAAGAAACAUGUGGAGAGCCGUUAACCCAGAGGUUAAAAUACUUUUGAAACAAUCAUUGUUACAAUCUAUCCAUGGAGAAAGUAAAGGGAUUAUUAGAAAUAACACAUGUGAUACCAUCGCAGACCUAUGUAUCGCAUGCUUAGAGGUUGGCGAGUGGCCAGAACUGACAAGGUGUGUCAUUCAAUUGAUGCAAAGUGACAAUCCAGUAUACAAAAAGUCAGGAUUUAAACUUUUGGGUGAAUGUUUCAACUUUUUUGCAGAUGAACUGUCACCUCACCUCGACAGUGUUAUACAAUUGACGAAGAAUGCCCUUGCGGAUGGUAACCCAUCGGUGAGAACUGAAACUAUAUGUGCUGUUUCGGAAAUAUUGGAAGAUGACAUUUUGGAGGUGGCAUCGAAAUUGGGUGAUACCACCCCGUACAUGAUUGAACAUAUUAAACAACUAGUCAUAUCAAAUGAAACUUCAUCUAGGGACGAGUUAGAGCGAUCCAUGGCUGGUAUCAUAAUGAUCGUUGAAAACAAUGCCAAGAUAUUAAGGCGCCACAUCCAAUUGUUUUUUAAUAGUAUGUGGGAAAUCGCGACAGCGCACAGCGCUCACAUCAACCUUGACUCUGAUAUAAAGUGUCUGGCUAUAGAAGCCCUCAUCACACUUGUCGAAAAGAAACCUAAAAUGGCUUUAAGUAUUCCUAACUUUGGUAUGAAAAUGGUUAAAUGCCUCAUGGAAGCCAUGUUAGAUAUAGAGCAUGACAGUUAUGCGGAGUGGCUGGAAACGGGAGAGGAUGACGAUGACACCCAACGCCUCUACGACGUUGGUGAAGAAGGAUUAGACAGAAUGGGCCGUGCAUUAGAAGAGAUCGACAACUGUCCAUUCAUGGACUGGGUUCUUUCACAUGCAUCUGAAUUUAUACAGCAGAACAAUUGGCAACAUAUUUUUGUUGGAAUUAUGGCAAUAUCACAAACUGUUGAAUAUCUCACUGAUGAGGAAGUCGAAGAACGCAUGCCAUCUAUCAUAAAGAUCAUGGUAGAAAAGCUUAAGGACCAGGACUUCAGGAUAAGGUUUGCUGCCUGCCAAACCAUAGGUCAAAUUGCCCUUGACCAUCAACCCUAUGUACAAAUGACAUUCUUUGACGAAGUGAUUCCCGCCCUCAUUGCUAUGUUUGAAGAUCGUAGUCCCAGAGUGCAGUCGCAUGCCAUGUCGGCAUUCAUUAACUUUGCUGAGGAAGUGCAAAAGGAAGAUUUGCUGCCAUUGUCUGAUAUGAUUGUCAAGCAGCUACUCACCAAAGUAAACCCCGCGGCGAACAAAUCCGUACGCGAACAAGCCAUCACGUCGUUGGCAGUGGUGGCUGGAGUGUUGGAGGAGCACUUCAUCAAAUAUUAUUCUACAGUGGUGCCUUUGAUGAAAGAAGCCAUUGCCAAGUGUGUCGGCCCCGAGGAACGUACCUGUCGAGGUAAGGCUAUUGAAUGUAUAUCCAUCAUUGGAAUGACCAUUGGUAAGGAUGUGUUCUUGAACGAUGGUAUUGAGUGUAUGAAUGCUUUGAUAGUCAUUAUGCAAGAGCCAUCCGAACCGGACGAUCCAGUGAAGGAGUAUAUAGAUGAAGCGCUUGGCAGGCUGUGCACCGCACUUGGUGUUAAUUUCUGUCAUUUCUUACCGACCAUUGUGCCAUUGUUGAUCAGGUCUUUGGAAAACAAUGUUAAGUCAUUCGGUGAAGGGGGUGAAGAUAUGACCCUUAUGAUGGGCACUGAGGGUGCCGCUGGCCUGCGUACAUCGCUAGUUGAAGAAAUGGAAAGGACAUUGAAUCUUGUAUCUAAUAUAGUUGAAGAGUUGAAAGAGAACUACGAUGAUUACGUAGUGCCAACAGCUAAUGCACUUAUGCCUAUAUUGAAUUAUGUACUUACAAGUGAAAUGAAACAAAGGGCACUGUAUGCUGUGGCACAUUUGAUAAAUGCAAAGAAGCUGGCCAUUCAAAAGCAUGGCGGAUCAAAUGAGCUUCUCUACGAAAUAGUUCUGAGCACUCUGAAUAACGUAAUUAACAAUUUGCAAAAGGCAAGGAACGACGACACCCAGAUGAGCUUGCCUGUGGAUAUACUUACCGCAAACGCCGAUGGUUUGUAUAAAUGUUUGGAUUAUGCGGGUCCAGGCAUAUUAAAUGUUGGCAUCAUCAAUGCUGUGGGUCAAAAACUAUUGGAACUCAUAGAAGAGUCAUCUAAAUUUAAGAAGUUAUACAGCAAAUACAGAUCGAACAGGGAUCUUGAUCCUGAUGAGAUUUUAUCAAUAGAAAUUGAUGAGGAGAAUGAACAGCGCUACAGGACGUCUCUUCUUGAACUAUUUGGUGUCAUAAUGAAACACCACCCUGAUGAGUUUAUGCAAACAUGUCACAAUGCCUGUGUUCAGUUUGUGUUGGCACAUCUCGAAAAGACUCAAGCCGACGAUAUUGCAGUGGGACUCUAUCUUUGCGAUAACAUGAUAGAGCAUCUUAAAUCAAGGACCGUGCCUAUUUGGCCUCAAAUAUUGCCAUAUAUUUUCAAAUAUGUAGAAAGCAAAAAUGCAAAUGUUAGGCAAUCUGCGUGUUUCGGUGUGAGCCUUCUCGCCAGGUUGCCCGAAUUCUCGGGGAUGGAAAACGAAGCUGCUGCUAAAGUUGCAAGUGCUUUGAGGCUUACUUUUUCAACUUCUAAACAGGAACAACAGAGUGCCACCGAUAAUGCGAUAGCAGCAUUAGGUGAGAUCAUCAGGCACCAUGGUGAUAAGCUGAAUGAAGCUGCAAGCUACCUCAACCUCUGGCUCAAAAGUUUGCCAUUGAAGGCUGAUGAAGAAGAGGCUAAGCGUGUUCACAAAAAUCUUAUGGACCUCAUUAUAGCCAACAACCCAACCAUACUUGGCCCGGACAACUGUAACAUGGCGCAAAUAGCCAAGAUCUUCAUUACAAUAUAUGAAACUGAUUUUUCGACUGAGGAACUAAACAAACAGAUCAUUCAAUUGAUGAAACAUUUAGGAGAAGCCUUUCUUCAGCAACUGGCCCCAACUCUGCCUAAGAGGCUUCAAGCUCAACUCAAGAAUAUCGCAAGGGCCAUGUAAUUGGUACUCGAAUGAGCCAUUAAUGUCGUAGAAUUUAAUAUUGGAACCUUAUGUGGCCUAUAUGCAAUGUUAUUAUUAACGAUUGUGUAC